GGCUAAUGUGAACGCGACGGUGGUUUAAUAUGCAGUUUAAUAUCGAAGCGCUCGGGAUUGAUGCGUGCACGCUCUCACCCCCCUCCUGCUCGCUUCCACUCAGCGGCGCUCAAACCCGUCGAGCAACUCAAAUCUGGGCGAAGUUUUUUUUUUUCCCCUCCUCGCACUGACACAACAGCACUACAGGUCUGAAGCAUGGGGCUGAGGCGUCCUGGGUUAAAGCAGAAACAGAAAGAGAUGAGAGUUUUUUGCUAAUGCGAGUUAUGCUCGGAGUCGAGGGAUUGCUGCGUUCUCUGAGGAUUUCACGAUGACUCUUUACGGACCCUGAUUUCCUGCUUGCACUGAACACCAGACAUACAACAGGUUUGGGAUCAACAAACGUGGGCCGCUAUGUCGCUUUCACAGCAGGUUCUGGUGAAUUACGAAUACAAAUACACUGCUCGAGAUGGCCGAGAGGUGUCCAUCAAACCCAACGAGCACUACAUCCUAGUAGCCAAGACCAAUGAAACCUGGUGGCACGUUCGGAGGGAUGAGUCCGAAAAGCCUUUUUUCAUCCCGGCGACCUACGUGACCGAACUCCCACCUGAGACCAACCAAACCCAGCUGGACCCUCCGAAAGAGUUCAGUGAAAGCGAUUACCUCAAGUCCACCUCGGAGACGGCUCCUGAUAGUCUUCCCGCCAUCAUUGAGCCCGCUGAGGUCACACUCCGAAUCCCCGCAUCUAUAAAACGAGACACAGAGAAGGAUGGCCAUAGAAUAUCGACGUAUAUUAUACCAAAGGACCUCUUUGAACCCAAAGGUUUGGAUCCAGAUCCCGUACAGACUGAAGCAGAGGCCGGUCCUGUGCCUGAACCCCAGAUCUACGACACCAUUAAAGACAACCCUGCUUCUCCAACUAAUGGGGAGACACCGCCUUCUAUCAUACUGCCGCCCGUUACAAUUAACGCAACUCCAUUGCCUAAAAUGGAGAUAAAAUCGACCCCAAAUGCAACAGAAAGGCCUCGAGUGGACUCGCAAACCCUGGAUCAGGAUAUUCAGAUGCUCAACAGAGCCGGCUGGGGUGAUAUCUGGAGCGCCAUGAAUAAAGAGGAGAAUGUGUAUGAGAGUUUGGAUACAACCAGUGAAGCAGAAUCCUCAAAAGCCGGAGAUAAUGUGACCGUAAAACCCGUCGCACCAGAUAAGAAUAUGGUAGAGGAUGACAGCGCUCUCACAGCUGUGUACGUAAACCUCCCCCGGGUGCGUCGGGGAACCCCGGAUCCCUCCAGUACCGUCACUUCUCCAUUGCAGUUCCCAGACCUUCCCGAUACCCUUCUUUUAGAUUCUGCGGGAUGGGAGAUCCAUACUGACGACCAGAGCGGGCAGGAUUACUACUACCACCCCUCUACGGGCCGCAGCACCUGGGAGUAUCCUCUCAGCUUCUCCAUGGAGUCAUCGGUGGGGACGGAGGAGGCCCGUUCUCCUCCCUCAUUCCCUCAGUCUCCCGUCGGCUCGCCCCUAGUCCCUUCUCCUCCGAGGUGGAGCUCAGAGUGGGAGAAGGUGCUGGAUGAGAAUACCGGCAGGCAUUACUUCUUUAACCCCGUGUCGGGUCAGAGCUCCUGGGAUCCUCCAGAGGACAUCACCUCACCGGGGCCGUUUCUGGAAGAUUGCCCGCCACCGCUUCCUGAGGAGGACUACCCAGCAUCUCCAGAUCUGGAGGAGGAAGCAUCUCCUCUCUCAAUGCCAUCAGAGUAUUCCUUGAUUCACGUGAAAAAGGUCGCGAUCCCUAAGGCCAGUCUGGAUCACAGCGUCCCACCAGGCUGGACCCUCAGCAUCGACCACGAAGGGGCUUGGGUCUUCACGAGCGACUACACGCAGGAGCAGUGGAUCAAGUCCCUAGAUGAUCGAGGACGGACGUACUACUACCUUCGAGACGGCAGCAAGUCCCAGUGGAACUUACCUGAGUACUCUGGAAGUCCAGGACAAUAUGGAGUGCGAAAUGGGGCCACAGUCGAGCAGGAUACAAUGGGAUCCAAGCAGACCUGGAGGCACAGUGCAGGAUACCACGAAGAUAAAAGUCACUCAUCAUAUCCUCAGCUUACGUCAGACAAUGAUAUCUACAGCUGUCCCGAGAUGCCGCAUAAUGUUUCGAACUUGGAAAAGGCUGGAAUCCUGAACAAAACGAAGGUGUCUGAAAACGGGAAGAAAAUUAGGAAGAACUGGAGUAAUUCCUGGACGGUUCUUCAUGGAGGAAUACUGACGUUCCAUAAAGAUCCCAAAUCACCAGCAGGAGCAUCGGGCAAAACGAAUCAGAUAGUCCCAGAAUUCACAGUGGACCUGAAAGGGGCGACGCUUAACAGGGCAAACAAGGACAAAUCAAGCAAGAAAAAUGUCUUGGAGCUCAAGAGCCGCACCGGUGUAGAGUACCUGAUCCAGUACGAUACCGAGAGCAUCAUCACCGACUGGUAUAAAAUCAUCACGGAUACCAUACGCCAGCUGGAUCUGCGUCAGGAUCCCGAAGCGCACCACUCUGAGGACGAGGAGGAAGUCGCCGACAAGUCCUCAAGCUUAGACAGAGAGGACAGACCCUUCGACAAAAGAACUAUGAGCAAUGCGACUCGUCAUCCUUCGUCCACUUCAACAUCUGAAGCAGAUCAGAAGAAGGUCCGUACCAAACUGAAGAAGUUUCUCCUCAAGCGGCCCACCUUACAGUCGGUCAAAGACAAGGGAUAUAUCAGAGAAAAUGUAUUCGGAUGUCACUUGCACAAUCUUUGCAGCCAGGAAAGGACGAGGGUGCCCAGCUUUGUGGAGAAAUGCAUCCGGACAGUAGAGAAAAAAGGUCUAGGAAUCGAUGGGCUCUACAGAGUUAGCGGGAAUUUGGCGGUCAUCCAGAAACUGCGUUUCAAAGCAGAUCAUGAGGAUCUGGACCUGGAGGAGGGAAACUGGGACAUCCAUGUGAUCACAGGAGCGCUGAAGCUCUUCUUCAGAGAGCUGCAGGAGCCUCUCUUCCCUUACAAUCUCUUCAAUGAUUUCAUCAACGGCAUCAAAAUCCCAGAUUAUUACAGUAAAAUAGCACACAUGCGAAACCUGGUACGGUCUUUGCCGCCACCCAACCGUGACACGAUGGAGGCCCUCUUCAGCCAUUUACGCAAGGUCAUUCAACACGGUGAUGAGAACAGAAUGACUGUGCAGAACGUGGCUAUCGUUUUCGGCCCGACGCUGCUCAAACCCGAGGUGGAGACGGCAAACAUCGCCACUUACAUGGUCUUCCAAAACCAGAUCGUAGAGUUCUUGCUCAACGAAUUCGAGUCGGUCUUCCACAUGUGAUUUACGCGAACUCGCACUGAAUGCUAAAAACCCACUCGGAUGCCGGAGGCGACGGCGCAAAAGCUGAUCUCAGUCCAGUAUGUGACAGAUCCGCGAAGGAAAGAGCAUUUCGCGGCAGGUUGUGAAUAGAGAUGCUGCAGAAAUCUAGAGCAGCUGCAUCUAUGAUUAAUAUAUUAAUAUCACUGAAACGCUUUACAUGAGCAGUUUAAAUGUCGGCCUGCACAUUUUAAAACUGUGUAGCUAAAACGUAGUUUAAAAUAACGCGUUAUGUUCGCUUUUAGACUUAAAGAGAGAGGAAGUUGUGUAAGAAUAUCAGUGAUCUUUCUUUUAAAAUAGUUUACAGCUACUCCUGUUUUUUCUAGCUAUGGAAAAAGCGGGUCGGUUAAAUAGUUAGUUUAACUUUGCUUUCCUUUUGGUCUUUUGUCUUUCUGUUGAGUAGUGAAAAACACUGCAGGUUUUUUCAUUUGCAAUGUGAUAUAGACAAAUAAUAUUAAAAUGUUUAUGUUUAGGUGUCAAUUUUAGUAUAUUAUUAUUAUUAUUAUUAUUCUUUAAUACUUGCAUCUGUAACAUAGAACUUUACAAAGAAAGUACUGCAGAGCCUUUUACUGUAAAUUGGAAAUGCUAAGACUUGUACAUUGUCAUUAAAGGCGCAAUAUUUUCUUUUUCUUUUCUUUUUUUUUUUUGGUACCAAAAUGUAGAAUCUGAAUUUGCACAUAGAUCAAGCAUUAAUAUUUUAUGAAUAUUGGCACACUCAUAAAGUAAAUUGUAAGAUGUUUGAAGUGUGUGUGUGUGUGUGUGUGUGUGUGUGUGUGUGUGUGUGUGUGUGUGUGUGUGUGUGUGUGUGUGUGUGUGUGUGUUCGGCUGCGUGCACAUGUGUGUGUGUGUGUGUGUGUCUUUAGAAAAGGGGUGUACAUUACCCCAAGUAAGCAAGCUUUUAAUAAAUAACUCUUUUAUAAAUUAA